GCAUGGUUUGCAAAACAACCUCACGCGUGGCUUUGUUGCCAUCCCUUGCAACGAUGCUGACCAGAUUAUGCCACUGGUACGGCACAUUGUUUGCUGCACAAAGCUUAGCUUUGUUUAUGGGGCGAUUGCUUUGUGUAUAUUGUGCUGUUGUUAAGUACUUGACCUAUUGAAUAUACCCGUCCUCAGUGUUCUACGACGCGUUGGUGAAUGAAGUCAAGUUAACGCAUCUCUCUCUGCACUCUCCGUUCGUAUCUGAAUUCCUGAAGAAGAAGCACAAGAUGCUGUUUCCCAUCAUGCUCUCCCUCCUAUCGCUGUCAGCGCACGCGAUCGCCUCACCACUAAAGCGCAGCACCAUCUGCGCUGCCGACAUUGUUCGAGUCGAUCCUAGUACGGCAUCUUGCGACAGCGCUCCAGCGGCUGGUGAAUGCCGAACCGCCGACCAGGCAGCACCGUACAUCGCCAUCUCCUAUAUCAACUACGGCAUCCAGUCGUUCGGGGAGCAAGCAGCACUACUAGCCCUUAUGCUCUACGAAAGCGGCGACUUCAAAUACGCAAUCAACCACUAUCCCGGCGUUCCCGGCCAAGGCACCCGGAACAUGCAGUCACCGGCGUACAACUUGCAGUAUGCAGAGUUUCUGGCCAAAGUCUGCACCAAUUGCGGAAUUACACCUGCAGAGGUGCAGUCUGCGCAGGCGCAAGGGCCGGCUGCGGUGCUUGCGCUUGUGAACACGGAUGAAUGGAGUUUCGGCUCUGCGGCGUGGUUCUUGGUCACGCAGUGCAGUCCUACGGUAAGGCAAGGGCUUUCGGCCGGCACGCAGGCAGGGUGGGCGGCGUACCUGGCUUGCAUCGGAACGGAGGCGAAUGAGCAGCGAAAUCAGCUGUGGAGUGCUGCGAUUGCUUUGGGCCAGUGGUGAGCGAACGAUGGUUUCACAACGAAGGAUAUCUCGGCAAAUUGAUCAUAGCACGUGAAUUGGAUCUGUUCUCCAUCGCGCCGCAAUAGGUUCUGUAUCUUUUGCACAGC